AUGGAAUCCCAACUUCAAAAAUUAUCGUCCCAACGUAGCGACACUUUUGUUAAAAGUUUUUGGCUUUUCCCUUUUUUGUCUAUGUUGUUGACGAUUGCGUUGUUUUUGCGAAUGGAGGUAAUCAACAACAAAACGGAGAUUAAUGGAAUGCGAAUAUCGAAAGUUGAAAGCCAAAUGAAGAUUAUGAAGACCUUCCAUGCAACAGAUGACAAAGAUGUGAAAUUGACCCAAGGUAGGCAUGCCGUCUUACAUUUUCUGCACCUUUAAGUUCAGAAUACAAAAACAACCAAUCGUAGAAAAACAAUGAAGCUUUCGACACAUUGCCUUGAACCAAGCAAAAAUAAGUGCCUGAAAGCGUAAUAAGUGUAGUUAGGGGCUCCUGGCCUGUGCACCAUGACCAUUCGGUAACCAUUUUGCUAGCCAUCAGGCUCUUUAAUAUUUUCAAUAUUUUUAGACAAAUGCUGCUAUGUAAUAAGUUUGCAUUCUUGAAACGAGUGAGGAGAAUUUUGACGGGCUAACAAAAGGCAGAAAAUACGUGAGUGAAUGCAAAGUAACACUCCAUUACGCUUUCAAGGAAACACCAUCGAAUCUUCUGACUGUCUUAAAUUGCUAUGGGUCACCAUAGAUAAACAGUUGAAUUUUAACACUCACAUUAAUGAAAUAUGUAAGAAGGCGAGUCAAGGGGUAGGUGUAAUGUUAAGGCUUAAAAAACUUGUCCCUACCAAUGCUAAAUUAACUCUUUAUAAAUCAGCCAUAUUGCCUUACUUAACCUAUUGCCACCUGACUUGGCAUUUCUGUAGUGCCACCGACAAAAGAAAGCUUGAACGGGUCCAAGAAAGAGCACUGCGCGCAGUUUUCCUAGAUAAGCAAUCAAGCUACCAAGCAUUGCUGGACAAAAGUGACCUAACGACUCUUCAGAACAGAAGACUGCAAGAUAUUGCUAUCCUUAUGUAUAAGGUGAAACACAAACUAUGCCCCAUCAAAAUGUCCGAGCUAUUUCACGCGCAUUGCUCACCCUACAACUUGAGGACGGCAGAGUUCGCCAUUCCCAGAUUUAGGACCAAUAAAUAUGGUAAAAACUCGCUCACCUACCUGGGACCAAAGUUGUGGAAUAAGCUACCAAGCGAAAUCAGAACUCUCCCAUCAUUAUUUAGUUUCAAAAAUUGUAUUCGUAAAUUUGAUCUAGGUGUAAUGAUAGACGACGACAAUUGCUCCAAUUGCAUCCUUUGUAAUUCUUAAUCUUUUUAAAUCAAUUAUUUCAUUAGUUGAUAGUUAGUAGGUUUUUAACUAUAUUAUAUUGUUAGGUAACUAUAUUAGAUUGUUAGGUGUCCCCAAUUAGUAGAGGGGUUCUUAACCCCAUCGGCUAGACAUUCCAAGACACAUAAAUAAAGUUUAUGUAUGUAUGUAUGUAUGUAUGUAUGUAAGUAGUAGUGCCUCUGUUGACACGACUUAUUGACCACUGAAAUAACUCUCACGUGCAUCAAAAAAAUGCUGAGAAUUUUUUGAGAAAAAAGCCAUACAGCGAAUGCGGUCAAGACAAAAGCAAAUCACGCGAGACAAGAUCCAUAAUCUAAAUGGCCUUAAUUUUUAAAAAGAAUUAAACCGGUCUUGCGCAUAGCCUGUGUCUCAGACACUCCACACUGCCUCUAUAGCAAUGGUUUAGACAAAGAAAUAAUUUUAUUGUUUAAUUAAUUUCUCCUUUGUUGUUUGAAACUGGUAAAGCAGGCGUUGUAGUAACCUGAAUUUCCGACGUGCCUUCGAGUCGCUUACUGCAUUUAAAGAGUAUUAGUAUAGGUAUUUUUAAAACUGAACUCACCGAGCCACAACAACAGGAAGUAGAAAACAGACUUAUGUAACGUCAUUUGAUACUAGGCUGGGACUAGGCUACUUUAAAAAUAAAUCUCAAGACCUUUUUAGCUAGGAAACAUUGUUCUAGCGGUACAGUAAUUGGAUACGGGGGAAAUCAUUGGAUCUGGAUAUAGCUGUGAGAAAUUAAUUCCUUUCAUAUUUCGUACUAAAUGAGGCGCUUUGCCGUCCGUUACUUUUAAAUUGUCUUUCCCUUUUUGUUGAUAUUUUUUAAAUGAAACACAAGCCUGCGAGCAAGCUCUUCAAUCAUGGCGAGCGGGCGAGCAGGCGAACGAAGCGAGCGGCGAAGCUGCGAGGGGUACUCGUGUCCCUUAUCACGUGCGCGGCUGUCGCGUGACUUCUCGCGACUCCCCCAGAUGGAGAGCUUGCUCACAUACAGGCAGGCUAAUGAAAGACUGGCAAGGUCGUUAAGCAUUGAAUUAGAUCGCCUUGGCCAAGAAAUGUAAAAUUUUCAGCUAACACAAUGCUAUGGAGUCCGAACCUGUUACUCCACCGACUUUCUUUGUGUUUCUAUUGCAACUCCUGUUAGACUCCAAUAAAAUGCUGGCCAGUACAAGGAUUCGUCGCAGCAUGAACUCAGCAAGCAACAGCUCGCUGUCAAUAGAGGGAGUACGCCGUGAAAUCAAUAUAAGAAUAAGCCAACUGAAACCAGAAUCCUGGUGUCAGCCUUCAAAAAAGGUCUGCGUCUCAGGUCCUCCUGGUGAAAAAGGAAGUAGAGGUUCCAGAGGAAGACGAGGAAGGCCUGGUUACAAGGGUAAGAAAGGUGCGCAAGGCAUUAUGGGUCCUUCCGGCAGACAUGGUAAACAAGGAAUUAUGGGAAGUCCAGGAAUAAAAGGAGAGAAAGGGCAGAAAGGUAAAGUGUUCAAAGAGAAGAAUUUGAAAAUUAACAAGUUUUCAAUACAACCAUUGAAAAAUUUGAUUUAACUUGUGCACGGUUUUCGCUGUCUGCAAUUAACAACAAAACAGGCCUCUUCGUAUUUGAAAGCCUUUCUAAUCUGGCGAGGUUUAACGUAUUUGAAUUUUCUCCUUGCUUAAAUUCAUUUGCUAAACACUUUUUCUAACUUAUAAAACAAAGUCUAGAGGGUCCUUUCUCCAAAGUUGCAAGUAUUCAAAUAAAAUUGCUUGUUCUUUAAUUGCCCUUACAUGCUGCCUUAAAUUCCUUAUUCAUGUAAGAAUUCACUUUUGAUAUAUACGCGUUAUUGACCAAGCGUGAGGUCAAGAUGGCUGGAUAUUGGCCAAGUUCAUCUUUGCGUUGUUGUGGCCGAGACGAACUCGAGUUCAAUAAAAACGCAAAAAAGAACAAGACCAAUAUGCAGCCAUCAGAAACAAACAAGCUUGGUCAAUAACGGUUUUAUUAUAUGGCCAAAAAGAGAACUUUUCUUGCGGGACCAUUGCGGAAAUCCCGAACGGGCAAGAUAGGCCCAUCUUGCCCGCGCCCAUCUUGCCUGCUCGGGUAGCCAAUUAGAUAACAAGAUUCGUUUCAUAUUGUCCGCCUACGGAUAUAAUAAAGAAUCAUAUCGUCCAGCAGCGAAGCACUUGAAGUUGAAUAAUGUUACAAUAACCUCAACAGGUGCUGUGGGGCCCAGAGGAAUGAUGGGACUGAAGGGUGAUCCUGGAGAAUCUAUUUCUCUUCCAGUAGCGGUUGUAUCUCCUAACACACAAACAGUGAGAGAGAACCAUUCUGCUACGUUUUACUGCUCGGCCAGUGGCAACCCAAAGCCUACGGUGACCUGGACAAAAGUGAAAGGCUCACUGAGAAAUAAUAUUGCGAAAUUGGGUCAUGGCGGGAGGCUUGAUAUAAUACACUCGACAUUCAAUGACUCUGGGGAGUAUAAAUGCAUUACAGUUAAUAUGCUGGGGCAAGAUGAGAAAAUUGUUGAGCUUAUUGUUGAAGGUAAUUAGUUUAUUUAAAAAUGUGAACCCGGUACUCUUUAUUUUCCAUUUGAACUCAACUCAAGUCACGGCGAAACUUGGCUAGUUUCUUGAAUUCAUUGCUGAUAUCAAUUGUUUAAUAACUAAAUCAAGUGACAUAAUCUCCAGUUUUGAUUGCAGUGAAGGUGGAAAUCAAAAUGCAGAGUUUCUAAAAAAUAAUGAGAACACUGACCAAGAGAAACGGUUUAUCAAGAGCCGGUUGUUCAAUUCUAUCACUACGUGAUCAAGUCUUCAAACAAUAAUAAUUAUCUUAAGAUAUUACAUGGCCGCGAGUGAGAGAUACUUUCAGCACGAGAAGAUAAAAUUCGUAUCCCCAAGCGGCCAUGUAAUAUUCUGUUUAUUUUAUAGAUACUGAUGAAAUUCGUACAUAAAACACAACUUUUUGAAACUCUUGUAAUUCUUGUAAUUGGCUAAUCAUAUUAGUAAUCAUGGCGACACCAAUAUCCUCACACAUGAAGGAUAAAAAUAGUAUCUUCACUGUGCGCGAUGAAGAUAUGAUGUUUUAGUAAAAGGAAAAAUCCUGGUAUUUCAUCAUUAUCUAUAUUCUAUAUCACUCCUUUUGAUCUGUCAUACUAAUACUAUUAAUGAUGAAAACAGUAACAACAAUUCAAAAAGGAAAAAAUGCUAUAUACGCCACUUGACAAUUAUUAUAGCGAGGGAAAACAGUAAGACAGACAUAGUGAAUCGAAAAAAAGGAAAUAUGUGAGGAAGUGACAAUCGCAAAGUGAACCAGUAUAAAUCAAAAGGAAUUAAAGUGAAUUGUCUUUGAGAUUCGACUGAUAAAGUCACUCACUUCUUUCUAAUUCACAGUUAGCCCGCGAUUCACCAGAGUCCCAGAACGAUUUCUUGUUAUAGAAGAAGAAGCGGUAGCAUCAGUAACUUGUGAAGCCUUUAGUUAUCCACCCUCUGUGAUCACCUGGACAAGACCUCUGGUUGCUUUACCAAGGGGACGGAGCAGUGUUACCAACGGAACAUUGACAAUUCAAGACUUCUCUGCUGUAGACACUGGAACAUACGUUUGUACGGCUAAAAACAAACUUGGUUCAGUCACUGCUGUGAUGGCUUUAAAUAUCCAAAGGAAUCCUGGU